AUGGAUCCACCUCCAGAAAUUGCUUUUUCUGUAGUCAGGAUGAUUCUUGAAGAUUUUCGCAACACCCUAACUGAAAUUCACGCCGAAUUCACAAUCAUAGCUGAAGAUUUGUCCGUGCUGGCAAAUCACCUCCAGAUACACUUCCCCAAUCUAGGAAUCAUUCCCCAAAUGAAAAUCGAAUUUGAUGCAUACGGCAUAUCACAUCCAUUGAGGGUUCACCCUCGUGAAGUUGUCAAAGAUGCUUUUAGUCUACACGAUGAGAUAAGUAGAAAGUUUAAGAUUUUAGACCAGAGGAUGCAAGAUGAUAUUCGACUACCGUGGAUUGUGAUUUUGAAGAGACUUGAGGAUAGAGGUAAUGACAUUGACGUCAAAGCCGAGUUGCUGAAUAUUGAUAAGGAAGUCGAUGACUUGGAUAAGCUGCAUGAAAACCUCGAGGAAUUGAUCAGUGAAAUUCCUUUGACGAAGAUUUAG